AUGGCGACCGCGGCUGAGCACGGCAUGAGCGAGCGUACGGGCUCGAACAUUCAGGUACAGAGAGAAAAGGCGGAUGUGGCGUCUGACCUCCCGCCACAGUGCCGCACACCCGUGACGGCGGCGGCGCUUGCGGCGCUCCCCGACAAUUUGGAAGGCGGCCCUGCUCUCCGGGGCAAUCUCUCCCGCAGGGCGAGUGUAUCAGAAGCAAGCGAUACUGGAAGCACACGCUCUGUUGUCGAUGCGCUUGAUCUCUCGCUCUCCCUACCCUACUGGCUGGCGUACGUGCGUGCCGAGGCGACACGCUACGCCGAGGAUCUGGACCGCCGUAUGCAUACGCUGUUGGACGAGCAAAGCACCGACGGACGUGCAUUGCGUGCGCCGCUGGCCAUGGUCGCGCACCAGCUCGAUGCCGCCUACCAUGCGGUGGGGCACAUGUCGCAGCGCCUGCCGACGUCCACUGCUCUGUUCGAGAGCAUCCCCUCGCGCAACGACCUGCACGGAAAGAUGAGAACGCUGAUCCACGACUGGGAGCACCGUGCACGCACCUUUCAUCCUACGCUCUUCACGCCAUCCGUGCCACUGUCGCUGCGGUCGGUGGAGCUGGAAGGCGUCGCCGAUGGCAAGGUGGCACUCGUCGACGAGCUGCCUGCGUGGACGUAUGCAUCUCCCCUGGACAUGAUCCAAGGCGAAUGGACAUCCGGUGUCUAUGUUCCGAGCACGUCCGAAGUCUCGGAGGAGGUGCACCGCCGUCUGAACCACUUUUUUGAGCAAAUGUACAAUAUUCCGAUGCACCUGAGCGCUGGUGCGCUACCUGCGCGCAUCGUCGCGUUGGAGCAGCCCGCGUCCGACCUGCUGCACCGCUUCGAAGAGACGCUCGAUUCGGUGAGCAAGCGCGGGCGUGCCGGUGCCACCGAGUUCGUGCACCGUGCGAGCCGUGCGGUGCACGACAUGGAGGACGCCGUGUACCAGGCGGCGUGUGAACUCGCGCGCGAAGGGCGAGUUUUGAUUUCGUACGAUAACCUCCCCAUGCUGUGGCGCAACAACGACUGCAUCCACACAGGCUAUCGGUUCAUCCCCGUGCGGAACUGGACGACGCUACUGCGCAGCAUCUUUCAAAUCCACAACGAGACGGGCAACAUCCACACACACCUUGGCGGCCUGGUGCUCGUUGCUGGCCUGUACUACUUUGCCGGUGCGCUGGACUCCCUCACGACGCCGAUGGACCGCUGGAUCCAGACGCUCUAUCUGAUUGCGGCGGCCAAGUGUCUUGCGUGCUCCGUGUCGUGGCAUGUGAUGGCCGGGUGUGCGGACCUGCAGUGGUUCCAGUGCUUUGCGUGUAUUGACUACACCGGCAUUUCCUGGCUGGUCGCUGCGUCGCUGCUUACGCUGGUGUACAAUGGCUUUUACUGCCAGCCCCACUUGAUUGCCUUGUACUCGGUCGGUGUCUUUGCGCUCGGCGCGACGAUGGGCAUCCUUCCCUGGGCGCCGUGGUUUGACGAUCCCAAGAACCGCUCGCUGCGUAUUUCCCUCUUCAUUUUCAUGGCGCUGGUCGGUCUCGUGCCCUUCUCUCACGGCGCGUACCUGCACGGCUUUUGGCGGAUGUAUGCCUUUUACGCGCCGGUGCUCCCCAGUCUGGCGUCGUACGUGGCGGGUGUUGCGGUGUAUGCGAUGCGCUUUCCCGAGAAGUACUGGCCCGGGCGCUUUGACCUCGUGGGCCACUCACACCAGAUGUGGCACAUUGCGAUUGUGGUGGCGAUUGCGCUGCACUUCCGCGCCAUCCUCCUCUUUCACGAGAACCGCUUCGCGUACAGCCACGUGAGUGGAUCGUGUCCCUCGAUGCAGUGGCCGUCGCUCAACGUGGCGGCCGCCUGGCCCUGGCUAUCGCUGCAGGCAUCGAGUACCUGGCCGUGGCUCGUAGAGAAUCUCGGCGCGGUGCGCGGCGCACUGUCGCAGCAUCUGCCCGACUUGUAG